ACAGGUACGUCAUUACUGCUAGGCAAAGAGGGUCGCAUCACAUGUAGACCUCACACUGCUCACUUUGCUCUCCUUGACAACAGGUUUUUUGGCUCUGAUAAUCAAUCUGUGGAAGUGAUGAAGUGUGUUAUAAUCUUUCUGGUGUUGACGCUGGUCGUCCUCAUGGCUGAACCCGGGGAGGCUGUGUUUGGACGUUUAAAGGCCCUAUGGAAAGGUGCAAAGACUGGAUGGAAAGCACACAAAUACAACCGUGACAUGGAGAGGAUGGCUAGAAAGUAUGGACCUAACUGGCAGCAAGGAGGCAACUCACAACCUGCAGACAAUGGUCAAGCUUCUGAGGAUUAUGAAGGCUGAGAGUGCAUGGAGAUGUACCAUUUCUUAGCUAUGGUUUGGUGGGGAAUCAGUGUCCCUUAAAUGAUAUGCUUUGUGCUUUGCAAUGCAAGAAACAAAUGGAUCAGCAAACAAACCAGUAGUCUCAGGUUUGCAGGAAUCAAGUAGAGAUCAUUUAGGCAUUAUUGUCACAGCUUCAUUUAGUUUUGAAAAAUGUGAAAUGGCUUGCUCCUGCAAGCUGUCUUGAUGAAUAAAACUGCAAUACAAAAAGUCAAA